CUUUCGAUCGAUCGAUGCUCCUUCCAUCGGACAGGACACCUCAGCAAAGCAAAGCAAUGCUUCAGUGCUUCACCAGUAGUUCAGUAGCUCACUUCACUUGCAGUUGCAGGCGAACCAACCAGUGUAUGUGUAUCUAUCUACCUUGCUCGCUCCUCCAAAGGAAGUAGUAGGCUUGCUCUCACGGUUUCCUUGUUGAGAAGAAGAAGAUGACCAAAAGACAGCCACCCUUCCUCAUUUCUUCCACCUGCUGCGGCACCAUUCCUUGUCCUGCAUGAAACUUCAGCGAAACAAUCCGUGGUCGCCGGGGCUAGAUCAGCAGCUAGUUUUUUUUUUUUGAAAAGAAGAUCAGCAGCUAGUGCUUUUCCCGUAAAGAAAGAAAAUCGCUGCUUGUUUUGUCCGCCAUGAUCGAUGAUAUUCCUCUUCCUCUUUUCCACAGCUCGAGAGAGAGAGAGAGGAUGGAGAAAAGUGGAGUGGAAACGAAAAAGAGCACGGCAGCGCCCAGCAACAGGCCCGUGUCCAGGUGGUCCGCAUGUCACUCUCCACUCACUGACAACUGGGGCCCUACCAGGAUCCACUCUCCUUUUUUAUUUUCUUCCAUUCCAUCCAGUUGCUAAGCUACCAGGAUCCGUUUGGGAGAGAGAGUGCGCGCGUGGUUUUCUUGAUAUUUUUUCCUGUCUCCCUUCUUCUUCUCGCCCUUGACUGCUUCUGCAGUUGCAUCCCCCCUGGUCCGAUGUCCAGAUAGGCGAAAAUCCUUCAUCAGAUUAAAUUAAAUCAGUCGCGGAUCCCCCCACCGGCUGGCUAAUCCCCACUUGCAGGCCCGGCCGCUUCAUGCUUCCGUUUCUUCCACGACCAGCAAAUGCCUCUCCCAGACCUCCCCUCUUCGCCGCCUAGAUCUUCCGCUGCACAGCCGUCUUCCUCCUCCUCCCGCCUCCUCAGACUCCAGAUCUGGAUGGUGCCCUCCCCUGCGGCCGAGUAUCGCAAGGAGCACCACCGUCCCAGCCAAGAACAACCGCUCAGCCCGGCCUUGAGGUGCAGAUGAUGCGAGUGCUGCAGAGGUCCCCAGGUCUUGGUCUUUUCCUUGGCCGGAAUCGCCGCCAUUUCGGACUCACCAAAGCUCCGCCUUGCUUUUCCACUUGGACGCCACAAUGCCUCCAACAUUAUAAAUUGCGUAAUCACAUGCGCGGCUGAACUGGACCGGACGAUGCUCUGGCCAAGAUUCAGAUGCCCAUCCAGAAGCCAUUCUUCCCCCAUCGCCAUGCGCCGGCUCCUGCUCCUAGUGCUCGCUGCCGCGCCCGCCGCCGCCGCCACCACUGGUGGCGAAAUGGGGUACACGCAUUGCGCCUGCGACGGAGAGGGCGGCAGUGGCGGCUUCUGGAGCCUGGACAACAUCUUCAAGUGGCAGAAGGUCAGCGACCUGCUCAUCGCCGCGGCCUACUUCUCCAUCCCCCUCGAGCUCCUCUACUUCGUCGCCGGCCUCCGCCACCUGCUCCCAUUCCGCUGGGUGCUGGUCCAGUUCGGCGCCUUCAUCGUGCUGUGCGGCCUCACCCACCUGCUGGCGGCGUUCACCUACGAGCCCCACCCCUUCAUGGUCGUGCUGCUCCUCACCGCCGCCAAGUUCCUCACCGCGCUCGUGUCCUUCCUCACCGCCAUCACGCUGCUCACGCUCAUCCCGCAGCUGCUGCGCGUAAAGGUCCGCGAGAGCCUGCUCUGGAUCAAGGCCCGCGAGCUCGACCGCGAGGUGGUGCUCAUGAAGCGGCAGGAGGAGGCGAGCUGGCACGUCCGCAUGCUCACCCAGGAGAUCCGCCGCUCCCUCGACCGCCACACUGUGCUCUACACCACGCUCAUUGAGCUCUCCAGGGUGCUCGCACUCAACAACUGCGCUGUCUGGAUGCCCUCGGAGGACAAGUCCGGAAUGUGCCUCACCCACGAGCUCCGCCGGGGCGGCGAUGGCGAAGCUGUCGUCAGCGCUGACGACAAGGACGUCCUCGAGGUCAAGAGCAGCGACGGCGUCAAGCUGCUGCCACCAGAGUCGGUCCUUGGGUCGACCAGCGGUGGUGGCGAGGAGGGGACCGGCACGGUGGCUGCGAUUCGGAUGCCAAUGCUCAAGGUCGCGGACUUCAAGGGUGGAACGCCGGAGGUGAUCCAGACAAGCUAUGCUGUGCUAGUUUUGGUGCCGCCCAGUGACAGGAACUGGGCACAGCACGAGCUGGAGAUCGUCGAGGUGGUCGCUGAUCAGGUGGCCGUCGCGCUCUCUCAUGCCUCACUGCUUGAGGAGUCGCAAGCAAUGCGCGACAGGCUGGCCAAGCAGAACCGUGAGCUGCUGCAGGCAAGGCGGGACGCCCUCAUGGCGAACGAGGCCAGGGACGCAUUCCAGCGCGUCAUGAGCCAAGGAAUGAGGAGGCCCAUCCACUCCAUCCUAGGACUGGUGUCCGUAGUGCAGGAGGGCCUGACACCCGAGCAGAAGCUCGUCAUCGACACUAUGGCGCGGACAGCCACCGUUGUCUCGACGCUCAUCAAGGAUGUCAUGGAGAUGUCCGCUGCCAACCAGGAGCGCUUCCCAUUGGAGACACGGCCAUUCCACCUGCAUUCCAUGAUCAGGGAUGCCGCUUGCGUGGCAAGGUGUCUCUGUGACUUCAGGGGGUUUGGUUUCGCUGUGCACAUCGAGAACGCGCUGCCAGACCUUGUCAUUGGCGACGAGCGGCGGAUUUUCCAUGUCUUGUUGCACAUGGUUGGCAAUCUGAUUGGUCGGAUCGAUGCGGGGUAUGUCACAUUCCGGGUGCGUGCUGAUGAUGAGACGAUGGAGGAUCAGAGGUGGGAUCCAUGGAGGCCAAGCUACUCUGGUGGGCACUCGUCAGUUAAGUUUGUGAUUGGGGUGAAGCAGCAGCAGAGUGCUGACACAUCAAGCUCGCUUGCACAGUUCUUGCGGAAGCCAAGCACCGAGGGUUUUGAUCUCAGGCUCAGCUUCAGCAUGUGUAGGAAGCUUGUCCAGAUGAUGCAAGGAAACAUCUGGGCAAUUCUUGAUGGCCAAGGACUCCCGGAGAGCAUGACCCUAGUCCUGAGAUUCCAGCUGCAACCAUCGUUGUCGGGCUCCAGCCUUGGAGGAUCAUUUGAUCUGCAAUACCCAUCGCCAUCAAACCAAAUCGCAGGCCUGAAGGUUCUGCUCAUCGAUGAUGACGAAAUCAACCUAGUCGUGGCUCGAAAGCUCCUGGAGAAGCUAGGCUGCACUGUGUCCUCACUCCCCUCGGGUUCAGGGUUCAUGAACUCCGUCGGGCCCACCUCUACCUCAUUCCAGCUCGUCGUUGUCAACCUUGAGAUGGCAAGAGUGAAUCCCUUGGAUGUUGCCUCGAGGAUCAGGCAGUACAGGAGCGCGCACUGGCCCUUGGUCAUGGCGGUGACAUCAGAGCAAAACGUGUGGGAGAAGUGCGCUCAGUCAGGGAUCAACGGCGUCCUGAAGAAGCCGCUUGUUCUGCAGGAAGUAAAAGAUGAGCUGACACGAAUCCUUCAGAACACAUGAUGUUUGCAGGUUUCUUUGCUGCUCGCCAAGCGCUCUGAACUCUGGAGCUGUGAAAUCUAGCAUUGCCGUGACCCUGACAGCACCACCAUCCAGCAUAGCACAAGGAAGAAUUGGACAGAUGUUUGCUCAGACUGACGACGAGAAGGCAUUUGGUUAUUGAGGGUUUCUGGUGGUGCACACUUGCUGGAGAAUGUAUGGCACUGGCAAUGUGCCAUGAUGAGUCUUUGAGAUGGGAAGUACUGGGACCUGAAGAAAUAGUUUCUGAUACAGUUCUUCAUAGAAACUUAGGUGAUAUGUAAUGAUGAUCAGGCAAUAAUAAGAGUGAAGUUUUGUAACUUAGCUAGCCUGGUUGUCAGGAUGUGAUGGAGACAAGGGGUGAAAAGAUGCAGAAUUGUAUCUAUUAGGAAAUGAAUCUAGAAUCAUUCAAAAUGCAUUGGUGGGGAGCAGGAACUCUGUGCAAGAGUGAUGUAUUUAUUAUCCCUAUGAUGAACAGGUUACUGAUCUCA